UUCACCUUCAGCACUGAAGAUUCUGAAAACAUCUUAUUUCCAAGAGAUGAGACAAAUACUCUACAACCAGAAGACCUAGAGAUAUCUAUGAAACGCUACAAACACCUCAAAGAAAAAGAGAUCCGCUACAAUCUCCACGGUUCUACCCUGAGUGAGUACUACAGAGCCAGUCGUAUACCUAGAGGGCUCCGCAUCCAGAAGGCUCCCACCAUUGGCCGCGGGGAUCUGGACUUCUGCAAAAAGUGGACCGAGAUUAUGAACAAAGCAUCUCUAGAUCUCACUCUAUUGGUUGUUGAGUUUACACAGAAAGAGCUACUCAAAAUCAAAGACAACAUUGAGGAUGUUAAAGCUUCCAUCGUCGAGUCUCAUGAUGAAACCGUGCUCACACAGCAAACUGAGCUUCUCGAUGCAUCGCUGACAAAAUACAAGCAAGACCUCCAACAGAUCAAGAUUAGGAAAUUUCGCAGAGACACCAUAGACUACAGAGAUGAUAAAGUCUACCCCUGGAUCAAUCUGCCUACAACCUUCAGGCCACGUCGUAGGGUCCACUUUGAAGAUGGUGCAGCACUGACUUCAGCCUCCAGCAUGGACAGUGAUUUUUUAGGAGGAAUCUCCAGCGACACCGACACUUCUCAAAGCACCACAUCUUACCCUACAAGAAGACGCGGCGGGGUCGACGAGGCGCCAAGACCAUCCCAGGCCAAACCAACACCGAAAAGGCAGAGCCGCAAAAAGAAAGCCUAAUCUUCAACCUCACAGACAGCCCCCUACAUCCAGAUGAAAAAAGACACAGAGAGGAACAGCCUGCUGCAUGCCACGAGUGCCCACCCAACUUCUCUCAAGAGAGGACUGCCCUUCAGCCAAUUCACUAGACUACACCGUAUCUGCUCUGAUAAAAGAGAUUUUGAGGCCAAAGCCCAACUCCUAUACAGAGAUUUUAG